AUGGCCUCGCUGGACCUGCCCUACCGCUGCCCCCGCUGCGGGGAGCACAAGCGCUUCCGGAGCCUGUCGUCACUGCGCGCGCACCUGGAGUACAGCCACACCUACGAGACGCUCUACAUCCUCUCCAAGACCAACAGCAUCUGCGAUGGCGCCGCCGCUGCGGCUGCAGCCGCUGCUGCCUCAGGCUUCCCGCUGGCGCCCGAGCCUGCCGCCCUGCUGGCCGUGCCGGGUGCCCGGCGUGAGGUCUUCGAGAGCACGUCCUUCCAGGGCAAGGAGCAGGCCGCCGGGCCGUCACCGGCCACGCCCCACUUGCUACACCACCACCACCACCACGCACCUCUCGCCCACUUUCCCGGCGACCUGGUGCCUGCCAGCCUGCCCUGCGAGGAGCUGGCAGAGCCGGGCCUCGUGCCCACCGCCGCCGCGCGCUACGCGCUGCGCGAGAUUGAGAUCCCACUGGGAGAGCUGUUCGCCCGCAAGUCCGUGACCUCCUCCGCGUGCUCGACGCCACCUCCCGGCUCUGGCCCCGGCCCUUGCCCCGGGCCCGCAUCCGCUUCUCCCGCAUCUCCCUCACCCGCGGAUGUGGCUUACGAGGAAGGCCUGGCGCGCCUCAAGAUCCGCGCGCUGGAAAAACUGGAGGUGGACAGGCGGCUGGAGCGGCUGAGUGAGGAGGUGGAGCAAAAGAUCGCAGGCCAGGUGGGCCGGCUGCAGGCCGAGCUGGAGCGCAAGGCAGCGGAGCUGGAGACUGCGCGACAGGAGAGCGCGCGACUGGGGCGUGAGAAGGAGGAGCUGGAGGAGCGUGCGUCUGAGCUCUCGCGCCAGGUGGACGUGAGUGUGGAGCUGCUGGCCUCGCUCAAGCAGGACCUGGUGCACAAGGAGCAGGAGCUGAGCCGCAAGCAGCAGGAGGUGGUGCAGAUCGACCAGUUCCUGAAGGAGACGGCGGCACGGGAGGCCAGCGCCAAGCUGCGGCUGCAGCAGUUCAUUGAGGAGCUCCUUGAGCGGGCUGACCGUGCUGAACGGCAGCUGCAGGUCAUCAGCAGCAGCUGUGGCAGCACACCAAGUACCAGCCUGGGCCGUGGAGCUGGGGGAAGUGGCGCUGGGCCCGGGACCCGAGUCCCAGGCAGAUUGCGAGAACACCACGCAGGCUCGGCCAUGCCUAGCACAUACGCAGUGUCACGGCAUGGUUCCUCUCCCAGCACAGGAGCCUCCAGCCGAGUCCCAGCUGCAUCCCAGAGCUCAGGCUGCUAUGACAGUGACAGUCUCGAGUUGCCCCGGCCAGAAGAGGGGGCCCCAGAGGACAAUGGCCCUGGGGGCUUGGGCACACGGGCCCAGGCUGCCAAUGGUGGCUCGGAGCGGGCCCCACCUACUCGAAGCUCAGGCCUGCGGCGCCAGGCCAUCCAGAACUGGCAGCGAAGACCCCGCCGACACAGCACAGAGGGGGAAGAGGGUGAUGUCUCAGAUGUGGGCUCCCGAACCACUGAGUCAGAGGCUGAGGGCCCCUCGGACGCCCCCCGCCCCGGGCCUGCUAUGGCUGGGCCAUUGAGCAGCUGCCGACUCUCAGCCCGCCCUGAGGGAGGCAGUGGGCGGGGUCGGCGAGCAGAGAGGGGCAGCCCCUCCCGCUCCAACGAGGUCAUCAGCCCGGAGAUCCUCAAGAUGCGAGCUGCCCUGUUCUGCAUUUUCACCUACCUGGACACACGCACACUGCUGCAUGCCGCCGAGGUCUGUCGGGACUGGCGCUUCGUGGCCCGCCACCCUGCCGUCUGGACACGGGUCCUGCUCGAGAAUGCCCGAGUCUGUUCCAAGUUCCUGUCAAUGCUGGCUCAGUGGUGCACCCAGGCCCACUCACUGACACUGCAGAACCUGAAGCCCCGGCAGCGGGGCAAAAAGGAGAGCAAGGAGGAGUAUGCCCGGAGCACCCGGGGCUGCCUGGAAGCAGGGCUGGAGUCCCUGCUGAAGGCGGCGGGGGGCAACCUGCUGAUCCUGCGCAUCUCCCACUGUCCUAACAUCCUCACCGACCGUUCACUCUGGUUGGCCAGCUGCUACUGCCGUGCCCUGCAGGCUGUCACCUACAGGAGCUCCACAGACCCUGUAGGCCAUGAGGUCAUUUGGGCCCUCGGUGCAGGUUGCAGAGAGAUUGUCUCCCUCCAAGUGGCGCCACUUCACCCCUGCCAGCAGCCCACACGCUUCAGUAAUCGCUGCCUGCAGAUGAUCGGUCGCUGUUGGCCCCACCUCCGGGCCCUGGGGGUUGGGGGUGCCGGCUGUGGGGUGCAGGGCCUGGCAUCACUCGCGAGAAACUGCAUGCGGCUGCAGGUCCUAGAGCUGGACCAUGUGUCAGAGAUCACCCAGGAGGUGGCAGCUGAGGUCUGUCGGGAAGGUCUGAAGGGACUGGAAAUGCUGGUGCUCACGGCCACCCCUGUCACCCCCAAGGCCCUGCUACAUUUCAACAGCAUUUGUCGGAACCUCAAGUCCAUUGUGGUCCAGAUUGGGAUUGCCGAUUAUUUCAAAGAGCCCAACAGUCCUGAGGCCCAGAAGCUGUUUGAGGACAUGGUGACAAAACUCCAGGCCCUGCGACGGAGGCCGGGCUUCUCUAAGAUCCUGCACAUCAAGGUGGAAGGUGGCUGCUAACCCGGGUGGAGGGCGGCAGGGCCCCUGCCAGCCCCACACCAGAGCACUCUCUUUGGACCUCCAGAAGGACCCUGAUUUGUACUUGACCUAGCCUAGUGUUAUCCCUGGCUUACAAGGAGGGGUUGACAGUUUCCUGUCCUCUUCCUGGGACAGUGGAGCCACAGGCUUGACCCUGGACAUGCCUCUCCAGGGCAGGGGCUUGGACAGAAGCUACCCCCUGGUCCCUACCCCACCCCCAGUUGGAACAGCCAUCUGGGCACAGCCAGAGAGGAGCUGAGUCACCACCAGCACCUGGUGUCAUUGCCCCAAGGAUUUGCAAUAACCACCCAGUGGCUCCUUGGCUGCUCAGGCUGUUUGGGCAGGCCUCCCCUUCCCGAAGCCCAGCCUCCCGGUCUGGGACCUCUGCUAGACCCCAGCCCAGAGGGAGCUGUGCAAGGCAGCUCAGACUUGGCAAAGAGGGCUCUUCUCCUUGCCUUGCCCUGUCUCAGCCUUCUGUGGGACACCCUCUUCAGACAGCCCACCUGGGCUCUGGGUCCACAUUCUCCAUGGAUAACAAAUAGGCCUAGGGGUCUGGGCAUGUGGUCAGCCAAAGGUGGGGGGCAGGGGUACAGUGAGGUAGUGGGAAUGGGCUUGGAAGGGCAAAACCUUGACCUAGAACUUCUCCAUGGAACAUUGAGACCAUCCUCCCAAAAGGGGAAAAUUGCCAGGAAGAGAAAAAAAGUUUUUAUUGCUGUAGAAAAGACAAGAUCCCGCCUCUUAGCCACCACAUACCCCAUGACACACCAGAGCUAAAUUCCGAGCUAAAAGGUACAUGUUUCCAUACCUAUCAGCAAUCCCGAGCCUCUAGAGGGGCAAGGCCCUUACCCUGGGAAACUCUGUCACCUGUGAGAAGGAACGUUGUACUAAUCCAGGUGCUUGGGCAGGACUCCAAUGGCCUUUGAGUCCCCAAGGCUAGGUGGGAGGGAGUCACUGUGCUACCCUCUGUGCUGGGGCCCCGGGGAGGCCAUGAGGAGGGUGGUUUGACUUCUUCUUUGUCUGGCUAGCUUACUUAAGGAUGUGGCCCUGGUAGGGAGCUAGGCUGGAGAGGAAGAACACCCUCACUGGACUUGUCCCCCUCCUCAGUCUCCACCAGCCCCAUCGGCGAGGGCUCUGCUGGGAGCCUUCUGCCUGGGGCGGUUGCGGGGCCUAAGCCACAGCUGCUUGGCUGAGAAGACACAGAAUGCAAGUGGGGGGUUUUACUAGCCUUUGCAUGCAAGACCAGGUCCCAGCACUAAGGCUCAAAAGACUCAGGCCUUCCCAGUUCCUCUGCAGAACUGCAGUGGCUCAGAGGUUGUGGGUACUGCUAACCUGUUGGAAAGUUCUUUCAAACAUUCACCUAGAUCCAGCUUAGGGUUUUCUUCUCUCCUGCACAGGACUGGCUCUCAGCCCUAACCAUUAGGCACUGGUCCUGGCUGGGGCUGGGCUCCUCUAGUUUCAAAGUCCUUUCCAGGUACCCAACUUGCUGCCACAACCUGGCUUGGACAUCAAGACCCAGCCCUUGGUUACCCUGUGAUGAGUCCUCCCGAGCUAGGCCCCACAGAUUCCACAGUGCACCCAGCUUCCCUGGCUCCAUACCCAGCUGGCCUGGCUCUUUUCAUUGUUGACGACUUCUUCCCAUGGCUUAUUCUGUCCCUGUCCUUUGAAGACCCCAGAUACCAAGGGUCUCAUGUUGGCAACUUCCUGUAGGUCUUGCACAAAGCCUUGGCUGUGUGGCAAACCCACGCCAGAGCAGCUGGCUCCAUUGGCUCCCACAUCCCCAGCCUUGCCCCCAAUGAGUCACAGGAAGGAGAAGCACAACUUUUCUGGCCUGCAGAUGGAGAUUCACUCAGGGCCUGGAUGCCCUGGGUGCAUCAGGCCAGCCUUCCAACUGCACCCCCUGUAGCCCCUGUUCCCCAUGACCCCAUGACCAGAGGUGCUGCCCUGCCUGUCUCCUGGACAAAGCACAAAGAGAUGCCCUGCAUGGCCAGCCAGAGCCUGCCCUACUGAGGGACUUUUUCUUCCCCAGAAAGUCUCUAUCCCUGAAUAUAAGGCUUUGGGCAUUUUCUCCCUGGGUGGGUGCCCACCGGAAUGCCCAGCAUUAGCCUUGGGAAAGGAAGUCAAGGUGCGUGGGUAGUGAGCUAGAGUGGGAGAAAGGUGGUCCUGAAAGGGCUGAUGCCAGUAGUAGGUUCAUUCAUUUGUGCAAACGCCCUGAGCACCACCAGCAGUGCAGGCAGCCGAGUGAACAAGACUCCCUCUCCGGCUGGUGGGAAGUUCGCUUCUCAUGGGUUUAGAUGUUGCCAGGAAACCCACCAAGUGCCCCAACCUAUGUUUUCUAGCCGAGUAUGUGAAGGAUGUGUGGGAGUGCACAUCACACAGGCUAAAGCCCCUGCCAAUGGGAACACAGGUCACAGCGUGUCUCAUUGCACGCCUGCCCUGGAAAGUGGCAGG